ACACUCAGCUCGCCGUCGCGACAAGUCUUCAAGAUGCCGAGCCACAAGAGUUUCCGCACCAAGCAGAAGCUUGCCAAAGCUCAGAGACAGAACCGUCCUAUCCCCCAGUGGAUUCGUCUCAGGACCGGUAACACCAUCAGAUACAACGCCAAGCGUAGGCACUGGCGCAAGUCCCGUCUCGGAGUCUAAAUUCGUCCUUUGGAGGAACCUUCCACACCAACCGACUUUUUCGAUUCCGCCCCGAGAAAUGUCUCUGUCCACCUGCUGCUACUUUCCCGGGGGAAAAUGUUUCGUUCAGUUGCUGUGAUACCGCUGCCAACAAUGACAACAACAACUCUUGUGUGCCGCUACUGCUCGCGAUGAUACAAAAAAAUAAAAGAAACAAAAAAUCCACUUGCAUCAUUAUAGAUUAUGUUGCCUGAAAUCAAAACCCGCUUUUUGAGAUGCCCGUUUGAUUCUCAAAAUCUCUAUUGUUUUCCUUUGCUCUUUCUCCCGCUCUAAAUACA